AAAAAAGUCAUAGUAUAUGAGCAAUGAACCCCAAACUCAAAACAGGAACUUGAAUGCCAAGGCAGCAUCUUGGGAUGGCCGGCCUCAAACUCUGACGUUGUGUCCGUCACCGUCACCGGCUGGUUUGCAAUACAGAAGUCCAGAAAACAAAGCAGUAAUUGUUAGAGAGGUGGAGGAGAAUGUGUGGCCUGCAAUUGUGGCUGGCAAGGUGAAAACUGUUGUCUACAAGCGUUUCCCAUUAUCUGAAGCCGCUGAGGCUCACCAGCUAAUGGAAACUAGCCAGCAUAUUGGAAAGAUCUUUUUCCGUGAUGCUUCAGACCUCAUGCACCCAGGUUCUAUGUUCUGGGAAUAAAGCAAAGGUUAAUGUGACUCUGGUGUAGCUAUAUUUAUGCUGUACUCUUAUUUUCUGAUACAUGAAGCUUAAUCUAUCAUACGGUUUGUAA